AUGGAUCGUCGCGGCUCGGCGGUUACACCCCUCGCGCUUCGACUAGUAGCAGUCUUACUGAUCAUCACUGUCGCCCCCGCCGCCGCUGGCCGGCGGAUAGACUCAUCCGGUACAACGACAAAUGCCGACUCCGCCUCCGCUGGCAGCGCGACCUCCCCCGGUAGUACCGCGACCUCUGUCGACGCGACAGCUGGCGCGGCGGCAUCGGACCUCUCGGAUUUAGCGGUGGACGCGAAGACGCAGGCGGAGAUUAAAGCCCUCGCGCCGCUGAUGGGCAGCGCGGACCUGACGAGCGUCGAUAAGCCGCCCACGCGCGCGUCCUACUUAACUAAAGACGCGUUCGCGGUGGCGGUGCGCAAGUGGAUCGCGCAGGUGAAGCGGCGCGUGCAAGCGGGGGGAGGCGGUGGGAAGGGGCGCAGUGGGAAGGGGCGCGGUGGGAAGGGGCGCGGUGGGACGGGGCGCGGAAUGAGCACGGGUAACAGCGCGCACGGAAACAUCACCGUUGGUGAGAGAGACACUUGA